CUCUGCGUUACCAGGUGGUCGUCUAGGGUAGAUUCGGUCCGUGGAGUGCGGGACAGACUUGCUGACAUUUUGAAGCGACUGACAGUCAUUUCGUUGACCAGCAAGGAUAAAAAAGAACGUGAUGAAGCAGUUGGCAUCAAGAAGAACAUUGCAAAAAUUGACUUUAUCAUAAAUCUAGUUCUCUGGGAGAGAAUUUUGUCAUGUACCAAUUCCACAUCAAAGGAACUGCAGUCGAAAAGUGUCGACCUCAGUGCCGCUUCCAGACUUUUAUCCAUUAGUUUGUCAGAACUAAGGUAUUUGCGAAAUUCAUGGGAGUCCGUUCGAAUGACCGCAAAUGCCCUUGCUGCAUCAUGGGGCAUUCCCAUUGAGUUUGAGAAACGACGUAAGCGUGGGGUAAAACAGUUCUUCGACGAAUUGGCUUCCGAUUCUAGGAUCGAGGAUUCAGAAAGAGCUUUUAAAAUAAACAUCUUUUACAGAACCAUUGAUGUUGCUGUAACACAGAUAGAAGUGCGUUUUAAAGGAAUGCAAAUGGUCGCAGAGAAAUUUGAUUUUCUGUUCCCAAGAAACUUCGUCAAACUGGAGGUCGCCGAAAUUAAAGUAGCCACCUCGAACUUACUACGUGUAUAUGGCGAAGACUUUGAUGGUGAUGACCUGGAAAGAGAGGUUCGUUCGUUUCAAGUUGAAUUUCUUGACGAAUUAAAAGCGGAAGACGUUACCUCGAUAUCAAGCAUUCUUGAAAUCACUUACAAAGCCAGAAUUGCUUCCUCCUUUCCACAGUUAUGCAAAUUGCUAUUGUUAUUCCUAACCAUUCCUGUGACAGUAGCAUCUGCAGAAAGGUCCUUUUCAAAGCUGAAGAUCAUUAAAUCUUAUCUGAGGAGUUCUAUGGCUCAAGAGCGCCUUGAUGGGUUAACUUUGAUUUCAAUAGAGAACAAAGAAAUAACUCAAACAUUAAAAGAUAAAGUCAUUAAUCAUUUCGCUUUUGUUAAUGCUAGAAGGAAGGACAGAUUUUCUCGAUAA